GACAAGUGGCGAAGGUAUGGGUUGGAGUGCCCUCUACUGGAGUUCAUGGGCAUUCCAGCUAGAGAUAGUGACAGCUGGACUAAAACUCAGUGAAUUUCUAAUCUAAAAUGAUUUUGACCAAAUGUCGAUGGGAUUUUUAAACAGGUCUGACAAAAGAAAGACUACAGUCCAUUCAGGUGCACUUCUGUCCACAACAGAGGGUACACCCAUUCGUUUAAAUCUACACUGUGUGUGCCUUCAAACCCAUUCAGAGCCACCAAUUCCUGCUGAAAAAAUACUCUCAUUGAGCUUGAUUCCUGCGGGACCACACUGCAAAAAUGAGCAGAUUAUUGCUACAAUGAAGGAAGGAUGGCUGUGUCUCAAUCCAACUGACGACUGGGUGAUUUCUCUCGAGAAAGAGGUUUACAAACGAAAGACUACAGUCCUUCCAGAAGCACUUUUGUACACAACAGAGGGUACACCCAUUUUUUUAAAUCUACUCUGUGAGUGCUCUCAAACCUAUUCAGAGCCACCAAUUCCUGCUGAAAAAAUACUCUCGCUGAGGGUGAUACCUGCUGGACCACAGUGCAAAAAUGAGCAGAUCAUUGCUACAAUGGAGGAAGAACAGAUGUGUCUCGAUCCUACUAAAGACUGGGUGAUUUCUCUCAUAACAGAGUUAAUUAAUGAAUCCACAAAUGUCCAGCCUGUUACCUCUAAUUGGAUUCAGAAAGAAGUGGUUCGUUCAACAGCUUCCUUCACCAGAGAGACCGGAGAGACAUUCUGUGUUAUGUAAAACACCACUGUGGAGAAAAUUACUUUGAUGAAGUUUGUUAAAAGUCAAUUGUUAAAAUAUUUGCUGUAGGGAGGUGAAUGUCAGUUUAUUGUGUGUACCCCUCUUUUCCCUUUUUUUCCCCCUCAGGGAGAAGUUGUAGUUUACUAUUGUUAAUUUCUUUUUCUAAUAAAAGUUAUUUUUCUUAGUCUCUACUUGGGAGUCAACAUUCACUUAUUAUAUUUACAGGCACCAUUGAAAAUGUAAAAGAUGGCUCUCUUUAAAAAGAUGAAAAGAUUUUUAGUUCGUAAACAAACAAUAAUAAUAAUACUUAAUCGUCUUCUCCGGGUCAGUUUGACCCAGCAUAGGAAAUUACAAACCGAUUCCAAAAAAGUUGGGACACUGUGCAAAUUGUGAAUAAAAACA